AUGUGUGAUCAACCAAUACAGAUAGCUGUCUUAGGUGAUAAAUCUGUUGGAAAAACAGCUAUUGUACGUCAAUGGCUAUACAAUGAUUUUUCAACACCAUAUUCCGAAACAAAUUUAGCAACCUAUCAUUUUACAUCAUUAUUUAAUGGUCAACGUUUAUUUCAUAUACGUAUUAUUGAUACACCACGUUUUGAUGAUACCAAUAAUACUGAUCCUCAACAAGAAUGGGUACGAAUGUAUUGUUUUCGUCGUGCACAUCUUUUUUUAUUAGUAUUUGAUAUAAAUCGUGAAGAAACAUUUAAUUAUAUAAAACAUAUUUACCGUGAAAUAGUUCGUGUACGUCUUGGUUAUAGCAAUAAUAAUCAUCAAUAUCAUCAUCAUCAUCAUCACCAUCAUCAUUCUCAUUCCCAUUCUCAUUCUCAUUUCCAUCAUCAAUCAGAAAUUUUAGUUGAUCUUACAAAUGAUGAUGACGAUCAAAUAAUAACAAGAUCAACAACAUAUGUACCUAUUAUUGUUGUUGCUAAUAAAGUUGAUUUAAUAUCAACUGAUUUACGUUUUUCAAAUAUAACAUUAACAAAUUCACGUGAUAUACAACAAUAUGUAAAAAAAAAUUUUAAAGCUAAUCUAAUACAAUGUUCAGCUAAAUAUCAUUGGCAUUUAGUAUUAUUAUUUAAAGAAGUUUGUCGAAUGUUAGAAACUGUUGAAGAUACUGUUGCUAAACAAGCUGCACAACAAGCAAGAAGACGACUUCAUCAACAACAUCAUGACAAACAUUGUCGUGUUAUGUAA